AUGAUUAAUUUGCUGUGCACGUUUCGGACCCAUGAUCAUCCAAUCCGACUUAAUGUCGAAUUCCGUUUAGAUCUCCAGUGGUGGAUCGAGUUUCUAGACGAUUGGAACGGGACAAGUUUCAUCCUGCUCCCAGGUCUCAUGCCCGUGGCGGACUUAUGUGUUACAUCCGAUGCUGCUGGCGCUAUCGGGUACGGUGCAUUAUAUCACCAACAAUGGUUCAGCCAUAAAUGGAUGCCCGCUCAAAUGCCAAUGUCAAUUGCCCACAAAGAGUUCUUUCCAGUCGUUAUUGCCGCUCAUCUCUGGGGUGAUCAGUGGGCCAACCGACAGGUUUGCUUCCGUUUGGACAACUCUUCCGUGGUCCACAUGCGCGCACCUCCCGGGAUCCCCACAUUAUGGGUUUAGUACGUUCGCUCCUUAGUGUAGCUGCCCGGUUUAACUUCACUUUCCAAGCCCAGCACAUCCCUGGUCUAGCUAACCUGUGGCUGACGCACUGUCUCGUUUUCGUUGGCAGGUGUUCCGACAACUAGCUCCGGACUCCUCAGCAACGCCCACGCCUAUUCCAGAAGAGAUCCUACAGUGGCUGGCUCCCACUAAUUAGAGGCCCAGUGCCAACUUUACCUACAACAGGGUUUAGCAUCGUCAACCCAAAGGACCUAUUCGUCAGCCCAAUGCGCCUUUCUUACGUUUUUGUGAAGGAGCUAACCUAAUGAACUCGCAUGGUUCUCCUUUGCCUGCUGACGAAUGGACCCUUUGCCUGUUUGCGACAUGACUGGCCGACGAUUUAAAAGCAGCGUCGAUUAAAGUGUAUUUGUCUGCCGUUGGAGCUCUUCACACAGAACAGGGUCUUCCAGAUCCGUCGAGUGGUUGCUUACAUCUACAGCGAGUUUUAAAGGGCAUUAAACGCUGCCAAGGUUCUUCCUCUCACAAGAGACUCCCAGUCACCCCAGCAAUCCUCCGUGCUAUCUACAGUCAUCUCGAUCUCUCACAGUAUGAUGACGUUAUGUUUUGGGCGGCCUGCUGUCUAGCCUAUUUCGGAUUCUUACGUUUAUCUGAAUUUACUGUCCCGAAUGGUGCCACGUUCUCGCAAGCCUUACAUCUCUCCGUCCACGACAUCGCUGCUGGCCAACGGGCGGCUCCUUCUAGGUUCCAAGUGAACAUUAAAGUGUCCAAAACUGAUCCUUUCUGUCAAGGUUGUAUCCUCACGUUGGGACAAGGCCGCUCCCCUUUGUGCCCGGUGGAAGCGAUGCUGAAUUUUCUGGAACUACGGGGCGGCUCGGCUGGUCCAUUGUUCGUUAGGUCAAAUGGUGUUCCUUUGACUAGGACCUAUUUAUCGGAACGGUUACGUCGGUUGCUAAGCGAGACGGGAAUUCCUGGCAAUUUUAGCAGUCACAGUUUUCGCAUUGGUGCUGCAACGUCCGCCGCUUUGGCAGGUGUUCCCGAUCACCUGAUCCAAACGUUACGACGGUGGUCCAGCUCCGCGUACUUGACAUACAUUCGGACACCACGUAGCUUGUUAUCCAAUUUAACGAAAAGUUUAUGUUAA